GUGUCUUCUGCAGUUCAUUCGAGUCCCCGACGUCGGCACAAGUGGUGACUGUCGUUACCACGUUCUCUUUUUCCUCAUUUUUAUUCAAAAAAUCACCGAAAUUUCCCUCCCACAACGUUGCGGGCGCCGAGUGAGGUUUCUGUCUUGUUCUCUUUGUGCGAAUUUUGGUGUACCAGUGUGUGUCGAAUCCAUCAUUCUGAUUUAUUCAAGAUCUGGUCUACUUUGAAAAGUGUGAACUUCACUUAGAUCCGGAAUAUUAAAAAAAACUCAACAACAACAGAAAAUGACGGGUCAGAACGGCCAUUCCAACGGUGAUGUGAAUCCAAGUGACAAACCUCUGACGACAUGGAUGGUUGGGCUUGUCAAUUCACGUUUGAAAUACCUGACAGCCGAAACUUUUGGAUUUAAAGUGAAUGCCAACGGGUUGUUGCUGAAGAAGAAGCAGCUGUGGACUCUGGAAGCCUUCGGCGACAGCACCGACGCCGUCUGCUUGAAAUCGCAUCUGGACAAGUAUCUCUCCGUCGACCAGUUUGGUAAUGUAACUUGUGAUGCCGAAGAAAAGGACAACGGAGCGCGUUUUGAGAUCAUUGUUCCCGAAUCGGCUGCCGGUAAGUGGGCCUUUCGGCACCCGGAACGCGGAUACUUUCUAGGCGCCUCCGCCGACAAGCUGGUCUGUUCGGCCAAGACCCCAACUGAGAAUGAACUAUGGUUCGUCCACUUGGCAGCUCGACCUCAAGUCAACCUGCGUUCAAUGGGUCGAAGACGAUUCGCACACUUGAGUGAGCAAGGAGAUGAAAUUCACGUCAACGCCAACAUUCCAUGGGGUUCGACGACGCUUUUUACGCUCGAAUUCCGCGACGACUCGCGUCUCUACGCCAUCCACACAGCCAACAACCGUUAUUUGUCGCGAGAUGGCCGACUCCUGGAACAAUGCAACCCGACUUGCCUCUUUUCACUGGAAUACCACGCCGGAGCCCUGGCCCUGCGCGAUACACAGGGACUUUACUUGGCCCCCCUCGGUUCCAAGGCUGUCUUGAGGACACGUUCAACUUCGGUGACCAAGGACGAACUGUUUACGCUUGAAGACUCACUGGCUCAGGCUGUUUUCGUCUCUAUGAUGAAUAGCCGUUACGUAUCCGUCAAACAAGGUGUCGAUGUCACGGCUAACCAGGAUGAAAUCUCCGACCAUGAAACUUUUCAACUCGAGUUCGAUGUUUCUACGGGACGCUGGUACAUCCGAACGAUGGGUGACCGCUAUUGGACUUUGGAGACUGCUGGGGGCAUCCAAGCAUCUUCAGCCAAAAAGAGUUCGAACGCCCUGUUUCAAAUGGAAUGGCAGCAGGACGGAUCGAUUGGGUUCCGCGCCAACAACGGCAAGUUUGUCGGCACUAAAAAGUCUGGACAUCUGUUUGCCAACACCGAUUCGAUCGAUGAAUCCAGCAAAUUCUUCUUCUAUUUGAUCAACAGACCAAUGCUGGUAUUGAAAUCUGAACAAGGUUUUGUUGGGUACAAGAGCGGCUCUAAUUGUAAAUUGGAAUGUAACAAAGCCAACUACGAAGCCAUCCAAGUCGAACGCGGGCCAUUGGGUCUAGUCUAUUUCAAAGGUCAGAGCGGUCGUUACUGGACAGUAAGCUCCGACGGAAUUACGGCUGAUGGAGACACUCCAGAGGGUUUCUAUCUGGAGCUGCGUGAGCCUUCCAAAUUGUGUAUCAAAAGUGGCGACGGUGCGUACCUAAUGGCCGACAAGAACGGUGUAUUCACAGUCGGAAGUCGCGAUUCUGAGCUGGCCACUCGCUGGGAAUUUUAACACGCACACUUUGAUUUCUCUUUUGCCCUAUUUGUCCUGGUUUUUUCUUGCUGUUUUAUCCGUAGUUUUUCGUCGCUUAUUUCUGUUACACAUUUUCCCAUAAAAUUGGUAACACCGUUUAAAGAAACACAUUUACCACUGCUGCUUUUUUAAUUACAUGCCAUCUCUAUCGGCUUGCAAAGAAUUAAAAGAGAUGCGCUUCAGUAAGUGUGUCUCUUCCAAGGGACAUCUUCGAGCCAUCCGGAUUACCACUUUUCAUUGCAUCAGUAACCGGAACGCCCAAGAGUCUUAAAAAGGGAGGAAGUUUAUGCUGCUUUAUAUUGCCAUUGUAAUCUGUGGGAAUCAAAUUUUUAAAAAAAUUUUCUUAAAUUAUUUCCGUUUAAUUUUCGUUGUUUUGCAUGUUCAUCUUCCAACGAAUAUAAUGUAUACUCUUUUCCACAAUACAUACGUACCACCGUGCGCCAAAAUGAUGACGAAAGAAGCAUCGGAUUCUACAAAUGUGAAGAGCAGUUGCAAUAUAGUACCAGGGACCUGCUGCUGUUUGGCGUAUCGAGUGAGUUACGUCAAUGUAUACAUGUGGAAGUGAGUAUAGUAUUUUCCUACUCAAUCAUCAUCGCUUCCAAUAAUGCGGAUGAAAAUUCUUUUUUUUUCCCCAAUUUUAAGAAACUCUGUAAUUUAUAUUUGAUAUAAUUGGUCGUGUGUAUUGGAAGUCACUUUUGGUAAAAUUACACGGACAUCUAAACAACGA